UUGAUAAAGAUAUCAAGAGGAGUAAGUCCAUCGGUCCUGAGCUCAUAGAAGCUAUCAAAGGAUCGAGGAUUGCAAUUGUCUUCCUCUCGAGGAACUAUGCUUCUUCUUCGUGGUGCUUUGAAUGUUUCAACGGCGUCAAGCGAUUUCAGCAGCUUAGUUGGGAUGGAGGCUCAUAUGAAAAAGUUGGAACUAAUGUUAUACCUAGAUUUGAAUGAUGUGAGGAUGAUAGGGAUUUGGGGUCCUCCUGGGAUUGGUAAGACCAGCAUCGCCAGAGUUUUAUUUAGCAAACACUCUGACAGUUUCGACUUGAGUGUCUUUAUGGAGAAUGUCAAAGGACGAUAUACAAGACCAGGUUGUUCGGAUGAACACAGUCUUAAGCUGCACUUACAUCAGCAGUUUCUGUCUCAAAUAUUCAACCAGAAGGAUAUAGAAGUUCCUCACUUAGGUGUUAUACAAGACAGGUUAAGAGACAAGAGAGUGCUUGUUGUCCUUGAUGACGUCGAUCAGCCAGCACAAUUAGAAGCCAUGGCCAAGGAAAAUAAGUGGUUUGGUCCUGAAAGUCGGAUUAUUGUCACCACUCAAGGUCGAAGACUUUUGGAAGGACAUGGAAUCAAAGAUAUGUACAAGGUGGAUUUUCCACCACCUCGUGAAGCUUUUCAAAUCUUCUGCAUGGAUGCUUUUGGUCAAGCCUCUCCUAAACACGGUUUCGAGGAGCUUGCAUGGGAAGCUACAUACGUGUCUGGUAUACACCCUUCGGGUAUAAGAAGUAUGGGUUCUUAUUUCCGGGGAAUGUCAAAGCUGGAGUGGGCAGACGCAUUACUAAGGUUAAGGACUAAUAACCCUGACUCUGGUUCUGUGAGGACCUACAAAAAAGUCGGAAUCAGAAUCAGAAAUGAAAAACAGAAGAUUGUGUCACGUAUGAUGAGCUCAAUAAGGAGGAAACAAAUAGCAGCAGCAGAAGAAAGAGCUGCUAGUGUUUAUGAAAGAACUAUGAAAGAGGUGGAUUCUUCUCCUGUGUCGUCUACUCGGGGACUUGCUGAAGGUUUGGCAAAGAAACUGAUAGAGUUGAAGAACCACUUCGAAGGACAUGAAACCUGAUCAAACCACCAAAACGAAAGUAUGUGCAAUGAGUGAUUUUAUAUAUGUUAUAUGUACUAAUCUUUGUAUUUACGUUGCAAUUUGCUUCACUUGUAAUAAGGAGAGAAUCGGUCAACCUAUAAUAUGUAGGAACCAACUCUUCCAUUUCGCAACAUUAUUAAUUAAUUCCUUUGCUUGUAGGAUCUAUGUCUCCAACUUGUUUUGUUUCUUGUUGACUAAUUAAAUUCCCUAAAACAAAA